UUGACAACACUGCCAAAGGACUUAAGGACCCCAAAAGGUAAAGACGCAUACGGCUGCCGCGUUAAACACCGGGAGCCUGCCCGUGACCUGACGACGCCACAGAGGCCAAAUCAUUCCCCACACUCGCCACUCCCCAACCGUUCGAGCGAGGCUCAGAACUAGCAGCCAUGCCGCCGCCACACCUCAUCCGUCUUCUCUUCCUCGGCCUCGGCGGGGUGCUGCUGCCUGCGGCGUGGGCCGCCGACGAGCAGUUCGUCUUCGACGGCUUCAAGGGCGCGAACCUCAGCUUCGACGGGAUGGCCACGGUCACGCCGGACGGGCUGCUCAUGCUCACCAACGGCACCAACCAGCUCAAGGGCCACGCCUUCUACCCGGCGCCGCUCCGGUUACACCGCGCGCCCAACGGCAGCACGGCCACGGCGGCGAUGCAGUCCUUCUCCACGGCCUUCGUCAUCGGCAUCAUCGGCGCGUACGAGGACCUCAGCAGCCACGGCAUGGCGUUCGUGGUCGCCAAGAGCAGCAACUUCACCUCCGCGCUGCCGGGCCAGUUCAUGGGGCUCGUCAGCUCCGCCACCAACGGCAACGCCACCAACCACCUGUUCGCCGUCGAGUUCGACACCAUCCUCAACUCCGAGUUCAACGACAUGAGCGGCAACCACGUCGGGGUCGACGUGAACGGGCUCAACUCCGUCGACGCCGACAACGCCGGCUACUACGACGACGCCACGGGCGCGUUCAGGAACAUGAGCCUGGUGAGCCGUAAGGCGAUGCAGGUGUGGGUGGACUUCGACGGCCAGACCAUGCAGGUCAAUGUCACCAUGGCGCCCCUGGAGGCGGUGGCCCGGCCCAAGAAGCCCCUGCUCUCCACCACCGUCAACCUCUCCUCCGUCAUCGACGACACCGCCUACGUCGGCUUCUCGUCGGCCACCGGCAUCCUCUUCUGCCGGCACUACGUGUUGGGAUGGAGCUUCAAGAUGAACGGCGCCGCCCCGGCGCUCAACAUCUCCGCCCUGCCCACCCUGCCGGUCACGUUCCCGAAGCCGAGGUCCAAGACGCUGGAGAUCGUGCUGCCGAUCGCGUCCGCGGUGCUCGUCUUCGCGGUGGCCGCCGUCGUCUUCGCGUUCCUGCGGAGGCGGCGCAUGUACGCGGAGGUCAAGGAGGAGUGGGAGGCCUCGUUCGGGCCGCACAGGUUCUCCUACAAGGAUCUGUUCCACGCCACCGACGGGUUCAGCGACACGCGGCUGCUGGGCAUCGGCGGCUUCGGCAGGGUGUACCGGGGCGUGCUGGCGUCGUCCAAGAUGGAGGUGGCGGUGAAGAAGGUGGCGCACGGGUCGAGGCAGGGGAUGAGGGAGUUCGUGGCCGAGGUCGUCAGCAUCGGCCGCCUCCGGCACCGCAACCUCGUGCAGCUGCUCGGCUACUGCCGGCGCAAGGGCGAGCUGCUGCUGGUCUACGACUACAUGCCCAACGGCAGCCUGGACAAGUACCUCUACGACCAGAGCAAGAUCACGCUGGACUGGGGCCAGAGGUUCCGCAUCCUCAAGGGCGUCGCGUCCGGCCUGCUGUACCUCCACGAGGACUGGGAGAAGGUGGUGGUGCACCGGGACAUCAAGGCCAGCAACGUGCUGCUGGACAGGGAGAUGAACGCGCGGCUGGGUGACUUCGGGCUGGCGCGGCUGUACGACCACGGCACCGACCCGCACACCACGCACGUCGUGGGCACCAUGGGGUACAUGGCGCCGGAGCUCGGGCACACGGGCAGGGCCUCCAAGGCGUCGGACGUGUUCGCGUUCGGCGCCUUCAUGCUGGAGGUGGCGUGCGGGCGGAAGCCCGUGGUGCAGGACGCGCGCGACAACCGCCUGGUGCUGGUGGACUGGGUGCUGGACCGCUGGCGCGCCGGCUCCGUCACGGACACCGUGGAUCCGCGCCUGCGGGGCGACUUCGUCGAGCGCGAGGCGAGCCUGGUGCUCAGGCUCGGCCUGCUCUGCUCGCACCCGCUGCCCGGCGCGCGCCCGGGCAUGCGUCAGAUCGUCCAGUACCUCGACGGCGACGCGCCGCUGCCGGAGCUGUCGCCGACGUACCAGGGUCUCAACAUGUUGUCGCUCAUGCAGGACCAGGGCUUCGACCCCUACAUCAUGUCGUUCCCGAUGACGUCGACGGGGACCAGCACCAUAUCUGACCUGUCCGGAGGGAGAUGAGUGUUGAUCGUCUUGAAGGUUUAGUUACCGUACCCAGUGUCUACUGGAGUUCACUCCUGUUCUGUACCUGGCGCGUGUAAGUUCAGAACCUGGUGCGUGUAGUGUAGCGCAGCAGUGAGCAGUGCUACUGAAUGUAGUGUGGAUGACUUGACUGUAAAGAUAUGCUCGGGAUAGCUUGGUGUUCAGAUUAUAAUAAAUUACUAAUCACACCUGGAGAUUGAGGUUUGAUAUCCCAAA